AUGUCGGUUGGCCUCGUGAGAGCGAUCGGCUAUGAUGGGCUUGUCAAGCGACUUGUCCGUUUGGAUGUGAAGGCUAAGCAAGAAUCCGCUCUCCAAGUGCAAGCUGCGGCUGAGCAGCUGCAAGAAGAAGUUGCCAGACUCAAGGCGGACGCAGCUGAGGCAGGCAAUGGUGUAGAUACGUUGGCAUGCUGCAAGGCGCAACGGACAGCCGCCUUGCAAGAUGCUGCCGGUGCGUCUGCGGAGCUCCAGCAGCAGCUUGAGCAGCUGAGAUCCGAAGCCGCACAGGUCCCGGAGUUGCGUGGCAAGCUGGCCGAGCUCGAGGCUAAGCAAGAAUCCGCUCUCCAAGUGCAAGCUGCGGCUGAGCAGCUGCAAGAAGAAGUUGCCAGACUCAAGGCGGAAGCAGCUGAGGUGCCGGCACUGAAAGCACAAGUAGCCGAUGUGGAGGCGCAACGGACAGCCGCCUUGCAAGAUGCUGCCGGUGCGUCUGCGGAGCUCCAGCAGCAGCUUGAGCAGCUGAGAUCCGAAGCCGCACAGGUCCCGGAGUUGCGUGGCAAGCUGGCCGAGCUCGAGGCUAAGCAAGAAUCUUCUCUCCAAGUGCAAGCUGCGGCUGAGCAGCUGCAAGAAGAAGUUGCCAGACUCAAGGCGGAAGCAGCUGAGGUGCCGGCACUGAAAGCACAAGUAGCCGAUGUGGAGGCGCAACGGACAGCCGCCUUGCAAGAUGCUGCCGGUGCGUCUGCGGAGCUCCAGCAGCAGCUUGAGCAGCUGAGAUCCGAAGCCGCACAGGUCCCGGAGUUGCGUGGAAAGCUGGCCGAGCUCGAGGCUAAGCAAGAAUCUUCUCUCCAAGUGCAAGCUGCGGCUGAGCAGCUGCAAGAAGAAGUUGCCAGACUCAAGGCGGAAGCAGCUGAGGUGCCGGCACUGAAAGCACAAGUAGCCGAUGUGGAGGCGCAACGGACAGCCGCCUUGCAAGAUGCUGCCGGUGCGUCUGCGGAGCUCCAGCAGCAGCUUGAGCAGCUGAGAUCCGAAGCCGCACAGGUCCCGGAGUUGCGUGGAAAGCUGGCCGAGCUCGAGGCUAAGCAAGAAUCCGCUCUCCAAGUGCAAGCUGCGGCUGAGCAGCUGCAAGAAGAAGUUGCCAGACUCAAGGCGGAAGCAGCUGAGGUGCCGGCACUGAAAGCACAAGUAGCCGAUGUGGAGGCGCAACGGACAGCCGCCUUGCAAGAUGCUGCCGGUGCGUCUGCGGAGCUCCAGCAGCAGCUUGAGCAGCUGAGAUCCGAAGCCGCACAGGUCCCGGAGUUGCGUGGAAAGCUGGCCGAGCUCGAGGCCAGCGCGGACUCCGGGGGCAUGUCGGCUAUGCUAAGCAAGAAUCCGCUCUCCAAGUGCAAGCUGGGGCUGAGCAGCUGCAAGAAGAAGUUGCCAGACUCAAGGCGGAAGCAGCUGAGGCAGGCAAUGGUGUCGGCAUGUGUCGGCAUGGCUGUUGCAGCUGGCCAAUGCGUGGUGUGCGCAACGGAAACUUGCAAGGUGUCGGCACUGAAAGCACAAGUAGCCGAUGUGGAGGCGCAACGGACAGCCGCCUUGCAAGAUGCUGCCGGUGCGUCUGCGGAGCUCCAGCAGCAGCUUGAGCAGCUGAAAUCCGAAGCCGCACAGGUCCCGGAGUUGCGUGGCAAGCUGGCCGAGCUCGAGGCGGCAGCUGAAAGCGCCAGCCGAGAGAUGCAGAACCUGCAAGCGGAAGCUGCCCAGGUAUCGGUGCUGAACGCGCAAGUCGCGGACUUGCAGGCUGCCUUGGCGCAGCACCAGCAGGAAGUGGCACAGCUGACGGCGAAGGCUGAGGCGCAGCAAGCAACCAUCAAAGAUAUGGAGGCGUCCUCGCAGCAGCGUGAUCAAAGUGCCAAAGAGGAGUUGGCUCGAAGCAAGGCUGAGGUAGCGGAGCUUCAGAGCCAAGUUGCUGAGCAAAAGGCAGCUUUGCAAGCCACGAACCAGAGCAGCGCACAGGCAGUCCAAAGACAGAAGGAGGCAGAGCGCCUCAGAUCAGCGGAGGCCGCGGCGUGGCAGCAGGCCGAGGCGGCGCUCGAAGGUGCCAAGGCUGAGAAGGCGAGCCUUCAAAGACAAGUCGAGAAGCUGAAGGAUGACUUGGCUUCAAGGCAGGCCGGUGCCGAGGCUGAGCAGACCUCCACGGCGCAGCUCAGGGCGGAGCUGCAGCACCUCCGUGAAGAGCUGUCGGCGGCAGAAGAGGCUCGCGGAGCAGAGGCACGGCGCGCUGCCGCUGCCGAGGCGACCGUGGCGGCGCACAGCAGCGAGGCAAAGCGCCUCAGCGCGGAAGCCGCAGAGGUACCUGUCCUGAAGGCGCAGGUUGCAGAGCUGGAGGCCGGUCUGGAACUGGCCCGAGAGGCUGCCCUGCAGGCAGAUGCGGAGGCAGCCAAGUCAAAGCGCCCGCAGGCUGACACGGGAGGCGUGGGAGACCUUGGCAGCGCGGCAGCUGAGAAGCUGUUGGCCAGUCGGGUUGCUGAGCUGGAGGCGCAGCUUGCGGAGGCGCAGCGCAACACGGUGAAGGAUUCUCGCGAGGCUGGCGACUCGAUCGACACCGCUCCGCGAUCUCGUGUGCGGGAGUUGGAAGCCCAGCUGGCGCGCGCCGAGGAGAACGCGGCGAGCCUCAAGGAGGCGGCCAAUCGAGCGGCCGAAAAGUUGCAAGAGCAGGCCAUCAAGGAGCGGCAGCUGGAACGACAGCUGGCUGACGCAUUGGGGAGCUCUUGGCCAUUUCGAUCGGUCAUUGGUGCCAUGGAAGGUGUCUCAAGCACGGUUAGAGCAGCAACUGGACGAUGCCUGCGGCCGAACAGCGGCUACGAGCCAACGCCGUCCAUCUGA